CUUUGACGUUCCGUGAUAUCUUUAAACUCGUCAUUACGGAACCUCCAAAUUCUUUUGAAUAAAUGCGACCAUAAUUUAUCAAUACAGAGCCUCGUCUUCAAACCUCUCGCCUUACAAUUAAACCAAAAUAAUCGCAAAAAUGUCUGACGAUGAUGAUUUCAUGCAAGAUUCAGACCAGGAGCAAUAUGACUUCGAAUAUGAAGAUAAUGACGACGAGGAGGAUGCCGAUGUCGAUAUUGAGAACAAAUACUACAAUGCCAAACAGAUGAAAUCUACAGAUCCUGAAGGUGCGAUCGAGGAGUUUUUAGGAAUUCCAGCUCUCGAGCAAGAGAAAGGCGAUUGGGGAUUCAAAGGGUUGAAACAAGCUAUAAAGAUGGAAUUCAAUCUUGCUCUAUAUGAUAAGGCUGUUGAACAUUAUCUUGAACUUCUUACCUAUGUCAAAUCCGCCGUAACGCGAAACUACUCGGAAAAAUCUAUCAACAAUAUCCUCGACUUCAUCGAGAAAAAGACUGAAGAUGAUGCAGCGAGAAAAUGCAUGGAGGAAUUUUACUCAAACACCCUACAAUCUUUUCAAAGUACCAACAAUGAACGAUUGUGGUUGAAAACUAGUAUCAAGCUGGCGAAACUCUGCCUCGACCGCAAGGAUUACGCUGCGACAACAAAGAAAUUACGAGAACUUCGCAAGGCAUGUGAGUUGGAAGAUGGUACAGAUGAUCCAAGCAAGGGCACCUACUCCUUGGAGAUCUACGCACUCGAGAUUCAGAUGCAUUCCGAAACGAAAAAUAACAAGCAAUUGAAGCGUUCAUAUGAAAGAGCUUUGAAGGUCAAAUCAGCAGUCCCACAUCCUAGGAUUAUGGGCAUCAUUCGAGAAUGUGGUGGGAAGAUGCACAUGACUGAGGAAAACUGGAAGGACGCACAGAGUGAUUUCUUCCAAUCAUUCAAAGAUUAUGAUGAAGCGGGAUCUUUACAGCGAAUCCAGGUUCUCAAGUAUCUUGUUUUGACAACCAUGUUGAUGAAAUCCGAUAUCAAUCCCUUCGAAUCCCAAGAAACCAAACCAUAUAAAAAUGAUCCCCGCAUCGCUGCAAUGACCGAUCUCGUCGAUGCCUAUCAAAGAGAUGAUAUUCACAGAUAUGAAGAUGUUUUAAAGAACAACAAAGAUCUUAUGUCCGAUUCCUUCAUCCGCGAAAAUAUUGACGAGGUAACUCGAAAUAUGAGAACCAAAGCCGUGGUAAAAUUGAUCGCCCCUUACACCCGUUUCAAGCUCGACUUCAUUGGCAAAGCUCUCAAGAUUCCCGUCUUGGAGGUCCAAGAUAUUCUAGGCUUUUUGAUCGUCGAUAAGAAAGUCAAUGGAAAGAUCAACCAACAAGAUGGAACUGUUGAAAUUGAGGACAAUAGAGAUGCAGAACGUCUCAAGGCAAUGCAUGAAUGGACUACAGCUAUAGGUUCAUUGUAUGAAACCAUUUUCGCAGAGAGUGAGGGCUUCAGGAUGAAUGAUGUCAAUCAGAUUGGGGAUAUAGACAAGGAGUUAGGUUCUAUGGGCGGAUAUAUGAGUCCAGCUAACACGAGUAACGUGAGAUUUGGUGGACAAAAGGGAGGUAGAUUCGCGAUGGGUGGAAGGGGAAAAAAGGGAUGGUUGGGAUGAUUUGAUUGAAAAAUCUGGUGAACACUAGGUACGAUGUUGAUACCAUGAGAUCACAUGGAGUGUAUGGGAGUCGGGAGUUGAUGAAGAAGCUUAAGGGAGAUCACGGUAAUGAUGAUAGAUGAAUUAUGAUCAAUGGAUAGGUACCCUCCCUUAGCUACCUACCUACCAUAAAUACAUAUAUUAAUAAACAGAGACAUACAAAUUUCAUUUUCUUCGUCUAUGCUUAAAUCUA